GCUAUCACCAGCCUUGUUCCCAUUUCACAACCGACAACUUUGACCGGGGUUGAAGAAUACCGUCACCAGAUCUACGAUAAACCGCAUGAUACGGAGAAGACUGAAUCGAGAUUACUGGGCGGUCGCGCGACUAACCUGUGCGAAAGAAAUGCAAGAGAAGAGCGAUCAACAGCAAAGAUGGGGGUUAUAAACAGCAAAACAAAUCGCGAUCCCCAGCAAACAUUAAAGGAUAUAGCGCAUGGUCGGUGUGAAGAUAAGGUUGUGUUGCGGAAACUGCUUGAAAGCAAUUAUGUGAGACCGGACGAACGAGAUGAAGAUGAAUCAAGCCGAACCUUGCUAUCGUUCGCCGUAAGCAAUGCAUCCGCAGCGGUCGUCAAGACUUUUCUGGAUAGUGGCAAGGUGGAUCCAGAUUUGCGUGAUACGAAAGGACGUACGCCUCUAUCGUAUGCCGCAAAGGACGAUCGUGGAGCAACUUUAAGAAUACUUCUCGAGAGUGAGCGGGUGGAUCCAGACUCUCGAGAUAACAAAGGUCGAACGCCUCUGUCGUACGCUAUGGAUGAGAAGAACUGUUGGACCGAAGCAAUUGCAAAGAUGCUUCUCGAGACCGACAGAGUGGAUCCAGACUCUCGAGAUAACAAAGGUCGAACACCUCUGUCGUACGCUGCGGAUGCGGGGGCCAAUACGAUCGUUGAAAAGCUUCUCUCAAGUAACAGGGUAGAUCCCGACUCUCGAGACGACAACGGUCGAACGCCUCUGUCGUACGCUGCAGGCAAGUGGUGCAACACGGUCGUGAGAAUGUUGCUUGACAACGAAAAGGUUGACCCAGAUUCGAGGGAUGCAAGUGGCCGUACCCCGCUGUUAUGGGCUGUACGAAGAGAGACUCGAGAUCUUACGAUACCGCUGGGUUUGCUGCAAACUGGGAAGGUAAAUCCUGCCUCUCGGGAUGAGCAAGGCUACACAGCCCUUUGGUGGGCUAUUGGGGGUGGAUGCGAAGAACUCGUUACACUGUUACUUGAAACAGGGCAAGUGGAUGUAGAGGCAAAGGAAAAGUCGACCGGUCGAUCUCCACUGUCCCAUGCGGUACGAGUCGGAAACGAACCAAUCGUGAAGGCGUUACUAGGCACCAAUAGCGUGAAUGUGAAUUCGAAAGAUAACCGGGGAAUCACGCCGCUCAUGUGGGCGGUUGAGCGCAAAAAUCUCCAUAUUGUGGACUUGCUACUGGGCGAUGGGAGGCUUCUCGAGCGCUCUACAGAUGAUAGCGGUCUCGAGAUCGAUGCUCGAUAUCUCGCGCACUGGCAAAAUUCAUGCAACCAAGACCAUGGCAAGUACUGUGCAUCAUCACCGAUCGAGCACCGACUGCCUCGCCAGAUUCCUGAUUGGGUCAUUGACACAGCGGAAGGUUGUCUAGUAUCCGGUCGUACCGCAUCAAGAUACAUAGCUUUGAGCUAUGUGUGGGUCGCCCCAGAUACGAGUACCGACGUGUCCACAGCGGAGAGGCUAAUGCUAACACAGAAAAGUCUGAACCAGUUUCAAGAGCGGGGCUAUCUGCAAGGGGAUGCACUCGCACGUCUUCCAUGUACGGUGAAAGACGCGAUUGUUCUUGUGCAGAAGUACGGGGAAAGAUACCUGUGGGUUGAUUGCCUAUGUAUUGUGCAGGACAAUGACAGAACACGCGAUCAGGUCGACAACAUGGGUGAAAUAUACGCUGGCGCGUACCUUACCAUAAUUGCUGCGACCACUGCGGGACGUCUAAAUACCCGGAAAUCCACAAGAUGUCAUAGCCUGGACUCUACUACCCAACUUUAUGAGAAGCUUUUCAAGACCAAGUGGGCCACUCGUGGGUGGACCUUUCAGGAACAAAUGCUCUCUAAGAGAGUAAUUAUCUUCCUUGACAGAGAAGUAUUCUGGGAUUGCCAGAGAUGCGUCUGGAAUAGGGACGACCUUACCCCAGAAUCUGCUCCGGGUACUACAUUGACCAGACCGUACUAUGAGACCGCUCGGCGAAUAUCCACCAUGUCUCAGCCAGAUCUCGAUAUGUACAUCGAGAUGAUUAGCUUGUACAACAGUCGCGAUCUGACUUACCCGCAGGACGCGCUACCGGCGAUAUCUGGAGUAUUAAGUACACUGAAGCGUACCUUCACUUCUGGUUUCGUCAGUGGCCUCCCCUGUACAUUCCUAGACCUCGCACUAUUAUGGCAGCCCUACAGUAUAGCGAGUCGUAGGGUUGCUAGGGAUGGAGGCAAUAUCGCGUCAACAAAAAGUCUACCAUCAUGGUCCUGGUGCGGUUGGCAAUGCCCCGUGGAUCCCCACAACCUCCGUUCGAGGUUUGACUACUUUGAGGAAGACUCUUCCGGGGAACAUACGAUCAACCCUACUCCAUCAACUUGGCAAACACACAGACUUGUGCAGUGGUAUGCUUUGUCUGAAGAUAUGCAGCACACGUCGCGCAUUGACGAAUUUGAUUCUCUCUUGACGCGCCCAGAACCUGCUCUCCAUAGAAGUUCUGUAUCACCUGGCACACAAACAUCUCAUCAUCAAAGUAAAUACGAAUCAUUGAGAGAAGGCAAAGAUGCUGGAUCCGUAGAUACAACCAUGGCUUCGAGCUCGCACCGUUUGUCCGUAACUUCCCACCACGAUUCAAGUUCUGCGUUGCAACUUCGAAAAGAUUGGCCAUUCCUCUCAUGCAAAACACGUACGGCUUCACUCCGUCUCAAAGCUGUCCUCAAGAAACGCCAAUAUAUUAAUCCCUGCUAUAUGGGUCCAUCGGUAUUCGAACUUCGUCGAUUUGCUGGUGAGCCAGCAAAUUCUGGCAUGUGUCAUCUCAUAUGCCUGGAAGACAAACGAGGGAAUCAAGCAGGCGUACUACGCCAUAUGAAUCGUGAUAGAGCCGAGCCAGGCGACGCGAUUGAGCUGAUCGCUUUGUCCACCGGGACUAUACGGUCGGAACACCUUCGGAACGUUGGAGGUAAUAGCGGGCCUUUGUUCAAACAGGAGAUGGUAUCAAACAUUGAUGGGAAAUGCUCUUCUGAAUAUCUGGAACUGAGAAGCGAAGUGGAGAGAUACGGUGUGCAAAGUACAUCUGGCUGGGAAUAUCACUUCUACAAUGUUCUUUGGAUUGAACGUAAGGGCGAAAUCGUGUAUCGGAAGGCAGCUGGGCGUGUACCAAAAGUCAUCUGGGAGGCAAAUUGCACGGAGCCCGCAAAAAUCAUUCUUGGCUGAUACUUCGCAAGAGCCGCGAGUCACUCAAAUUACGUCAAUAAAUGUUAUGAAUAGAUACC